AUGGAUAUGAUCAAAUAUGGUACUGCAGUUGUUUUAGGUGGUACUGUGUUGUACGCUAAUCUGCCAACGAGAUUCACCCUCGGCAACGUUGUUCCAACGGUCGAGUAUCUAGGUGAAACAGAACUUCGUAAAGUUAUCAAUGAAGACAACUUUGAAGCACCGAUUAAGGCGAGUGAACUGUUUGCCAAGGGUCCAACAUUGGUGAUGACUAUUCGACGUCCAGGAUGCUUGUUUUGCCGUGUUGGUGCGUCAGACAUGACCCAGAUUAUGCCAGACCUACAAAAAGCUGGCGUUAGAUUGAUUGGUGUCACUCAUCAAACCAAUGCAGUCGAGCAGUUCUUGCCAUAUUUCAACGGUGAACUCUACAUCGAUCCACAGAAACGAUUUUUUGGUCCAAACGAACGUUGGAUGCCAUUUUGGAUGGGAGCGUUAAGACCAUUUACUUAUAUAAACGCUUUAUUGGGAAUGAUUAGAGGCAUCAAAGCGGGACCUUUAUUAGAUGGUGAAGGACGACUUCUUGGAGGUGGUCACAAUCGCUUGUUUUAUCUACUGCUUUCUGUAUCGCAUUCAUUUCUGACAUAG